GAACGACUGUCAUUACUGACACAGCUCGCGGCAGACUUGAGAGUUGCAACUAGUUGGUGCAGGAUCGUGUAAACUUCAGUUCAAGACCUUGAACGAAAUAUUUCUCUGACUUUUACAUUACACACCUCUCUUAUCUUAUCUUAUCUUGGAACUGGAAUCUGGUGUGAGCGAACGCAAAACUAUUUGUACCUGUUGAUUUUUUGUCCAGUCAGUUUGUCAUUUUUUUAUGUGAGUGUCUGUGUGAGAGUUUGACUCAGACAUGGCUGAGGUACCGCCACCACAGCCGGUCGAAAUAGAUCCGGAAUUUGAGCCACUCUCCCGCCCGCGGUCCUGUACCUGGCCGCUGCCCCGUCCGGAGCUCAACGACCCGGCCAGCUCCAACACAUCCUCCCCGGCACCGUCGGUGCAGCAGGAGCCGGGAGGAAACGGCGAGUUCAUCAGUAACCUCGGCUUGUUAGAGGAGGACUAUGAGGAGUAUGCGGAGCAGAAUGACUUUCAGUGUCGAGAGGUAAAUUGUGUCCAUCCACAUCACCACCACCAUCAUCCUCUUCCGCAGCAGCGGCAGCAGCUCCCGGGUCCGCAACUGCCGCCCCAGCAACAGGUGCCGCCUCCUGGCGUCGCACCCCUGGGCAGCUCCGGGCCGAGGAAGAGCAGCUCGUCCCGUCGUAACGCCUGGGGGAACAUGUCGUACGCUGACCUGAUCACCAAGGCAAUAGACAGCUCACCCGAGAAGAGGCUGACACUGUCUCAAAUUUACGACUGGAUGGUCAAGAAUGUGCCUUACUUCAAGGAUAAAGGAGACAGCAACAGCUCCGCGGGCUGGAAGAACUCCAUCAGACACAACCUGUCCCUGCACAGCCGCUUUGUGCGCAUACAAAACGAAGGGACGGGAAAAAGCUCCUGGUGGAUGCUGAACCCAGAGGGGGGAAAGAGCGGAAAGUCGCCUCGACGCAGAGCUGCCUCCAUGGACAACAACAGUAAGUUUGCCAAGAGCAGAGGAAGGGCCACAAAGAAAAAGAUGGCUCUACAGGAAGGGGUUGAGGGAGGAGCAGGCAGCCCUGGUUCCCAGUACUCUAACUGGCUGGGAAGCCCAAACUCACACAGUAACGAGGACUUUGAAGCCUGGAGCUCCUUUAGGACGCGCACCAGCUCUGACGCCAGCACCCUGAGUGGUUGCCAUUCACCUUUCCCUUCUGAACAGGAUGACCUGGUGGAGUCUGAUGGCCACAUGAUGUACCCUGGAGCGGCAGGAACCAAGAUAACCUCCACUCUUCCCAGCCUGUCCGAGGUAGCUGGAUCCAUGCGCCAACAUGGCUCAGAGAUCGUCAUGGAGAGUCUGCUGGAUAACCUGAACCUGCUGUCUCCUAAAACCCCCCAGCUGGUUUCUGACUCCCCACAUUCAUCAAAUGCUGCCAUGCUUCAGAGUAGCCCCUACAGUUCCACUGGCUUGACCCCGCUCCCACAGAAGGACUACCGUAAAUGUAUGUACAGCCAGAUGAGGAUGAAUUCCCUGUCCCCUGCCCCCAUGCAUACGCUUCCAGAGACCAAGCCGGGCUUUAGGGCUUAUGAGAAUCAGUAUAUCUGCCCUGCUGGGCUCCUCAAAGAGCUGCUGACCUCAGAUGCAGAGGCCAGUAGGGACACACAGGUGUCUCAAGUGGGGAGGGGAGGUUGCCUAAUGCCCACUUACAGCCGCCAGAGCCACAUGAGGGGUCAUAAUGGAGUCAAAAUGAUGAAUCCUCCUCAGAGUCACCCAGUUGCUCAUGUAAAUCCACAAGCUAUACAUAGACAGGGUCCUUCAACCUCACAAGAUUUGAAUAGCUGUAACAUGAUCCCCAUGACUAGUCUGACCAGUCUUUCAGGGGCCCCUCCUCGAAUGACCAGCCUGAGGACAUGCAUGCAGCUGCCCCGUGGACACCCAGCACACACUAAUGCUGUUUCGGCAAGCUACGGCAGCAACAACGGCUACAGGGAACUCAACUCGGUUCACCCACACGGUAAUCAUCAGGAGCGGCUGCCCAGUGACCUGGACAACAUGUCCAUUGAGAGGUUCGAAUGUGACAUGGAGACUGUCCUCCAUGACACCCUCAUGGAUGGCGGGGCUCUCGACUUUAACUUUGACCCCGCUGCUGGGCCUCAUGGGUUUCCCCAGAGGGUGAAGACCACCACACAUAGCUGGGUGUCAGGCUAGGACUCUUGGUGGGUCACAAACAGGUUAUUAUCAGCAUCAUGCCGCUGCUCACCUUCAUUCAGAGGCUGGGAAAUGUAAAUUGACAGAAGCAACCGCCAUCACUCUCCACAGAGCAUCAGACACAAAGUUACUUUAACAAAUGUACCACAUCUCGAGUUGCAGCUCCAUGUACAACAAUGCAUUUUAUUUCUUUAUAUUUAAUAGAGUAAACAAAAACGAGUUAAUCAUUGAGAUCUAAAUCCUGAAAUAAGACACAACAGUCAAAACGGUUUCAUUCAUAACUGUAUUUAAAAUGCGCUGUGAACAUAAGAUAGCUCUGCAAAGAGAAAAUGAAUGAGAGACCAGCCAUUACCAAACUAGUCUUGUUUACAAUUGCCUGUCAAAAACUGGAAGUACAUACUCAUUUACUUUUUGCUAAUUCAGGUUCAUAUAAAGAUAUACAAUAUCAUCACAUAGACAGAACAUUAUCAUAAUGCAUAAUAGAAACGUUACCUAGUGAAACUUCAACUUCAUUCAACUUAAAUGUAAGAUAAACCGAUGUAUCAUCUGCAUAGUGUUACAUAUUAACUUUAUUAAGAUAGAGAAUUAAAAUGACCCAAAUUAAAUUUAUGGUGAGAACAGGAUAUGUUUUAUUAAUAUACCUCUGGACAUAACCACUUAGCAGAUUAUGAAACAAACACCAAUAAAUCCAGAAAGUAUUCCGAUUGGCGUACACACACAUUAUAUGUUUAUAGACAGAUGUCGUGGUAAGGUGCUGUCAAAUUCAGCCCUCAAAUUGAACAUCAGCCAUAUCUCCUCCCCAUUAGAUGUCAUUAGAGAUUGUGAGACAAGCUGCAUUUUUGACUGAAAUUAAUAAUCAUUCAUAUAGUGAAUGAAGGUAUUUAUUUAUGUUUUUAUUUUAAUUAUAGCUGUUGGAUUCUGCUGUGUACUUUGUAUGCUUGUAAAAAAAAAAAGUGUGCCUGUGCUGUGUGCAAUGUAUAUAGGGUAUCUGAGUUACAUGAUAUUGUUUUCUCUUUACAUCAAAAUACUAUUGAAGAAGGAAAUUACAGAUACAUUAGAGUAUUUGUGGUGGUGCUUUCGCAUUUGUAUAAUCUGGAAAAAAAGCAUGGUGAUCUCAUUCUGGCAAAAUUGACAUUUUGGAGAGAUUUUCACCUGACAUAAAAUGUGUACUACAGUGCAAGAAGCAGUAGGUGGAGAACUGAUGAUGAAAGGCAAAUUAUGCUUGAUAUUUACCUCCAAGCCGCUACAGUUUUUAUGCACCAAAGAGCUAACUACGCUACCAAACACAUAACAGUGUGCCAAUUAACUGUGCCUACAUGGGCUCACAGACUUUGAAUGCUGUACAUUUUCUUUUCUUUAGUAGUACAUUUUUGUAUAUGAAGGGUUCAAAUUACUUAUUAGGAUUAUACUAAAGUAUUAUACUAUAUGUAUGAUUGUGUUAGAAAUGGUUGUUUACAUAUCCAAACCAUAUCAAUAAAUAUACGAACACUCAUACCUCAAAAUAUUUUACCUCUGAAGUGUUGAAGGGAUUCUUCCUGCCAUUUUCCUCAGUGAGUAAUGUAUUGAAUUUGUCUUCAUUUUUGAGAAACACAGUUUUGUACACAUGUUCUGUUUUCUUUUUAUGUAUUUGAUUAAUGCUGAUUGGACCUGUUCAGAGUGAUGCACCGUCUGCCUUUGUAUUUCUAGUAUUUUCUUUUGCUUGAGGAUUAUAGCCAUUAGUUUCUAGUAAAUAUUGUGUGAAAGCACAGUGAGUACUUUUAAAUUAAACAUGUAAUUGUGUGAAAUUAUACAUUUUGAAAGAUGAAAAAGUGAAUUCAUCUGUUAAGACGAAACUCAAGGAAAGGAAUUGCUUAAAUAGAAUUGAAUUGUAUCUUGGAAUAAAGCUACAACUUCUAUAAUUAUGAAAGCUUAUCAAAAUAAAUGUGUGAUAGGAGAAUUUUAAUUAUGGGUCAAAUUGCUACCUUGAACAAAUGAGAUUCUAUUAACCUCAAAGAAGUGCUUUAGUCUGUUACCUUAUAGUAUAAUGCAUUUUUAUAUGUUAUCUUUGACAUUAAACAAAUGUUGAAACCCACUUAUGUGCAAACGUUUUUUUCACGGAAUGCAGUCAUAUUCACAUCCAGGUAUUUGGAAAAUAAAUUACCUAUGUAACCUAUUCAGAGCAUAAAUCACCAUGUGCACUUGCAAUUAAAGAAGAGAAACCCGUUA